UUUCUCUACAUCUUUCUCACCGCAGCGCUUCCACCAGUUUCCAACGUCGUCGUUGCUUUGUGGUGCUUCUCGCUGCCCCUGCUGCCUCUUUCUUCUUCUUCUUCUUCUUCUUCUUCUCCUCUCUUGAGUGUUAGAGGUAGUACGUUUUUGCUCUUUUUCUGUUUUCGUUGUCUUCGAGGGGUUUUCUGAGUCUAUCGAGUGUCUAAUUCAUCUGCCGGUGCAACGAGAGGGACGUCUUCCACGGCGAGUUUAGACUUUUUUAUUUUUUUAUUUUUUUUCAAGGAAUCUAGUGUUGCUGGGAGUGGCAGUGAUGGAUUAGGGUUUUUGGUCUCUUGCGUAGUGUUUUAUGCUAUCCUGCAGCUGUGCUGAAUGCUGAGGAACGAGUCGAGGAUCUUAUAGUGCGGCUUCAUAGCACUUGGUGGAUAUCUGGCGUGGAUCUAUCUCUGGGGUUUUAUUGGUUUGAGUACACCUCGUUUACCUUGUGAUAGUCCGUGAAGGAAGUGGCCUCGUUGCGUUAUUCUGAGAACGCCUAAUAACAGGUCGUAGAUAAGUGGGAAUCUGAAGUUCCAGUUCCAAAAUUUCCUGCAGCUAUUACUCACUUGUAGGGUUUGAGCCUACUAAUUACCACGAUAUCCCUUGAUGCUAUCGCGUAGUCGAGAGAGAACACUUUUACAAGAAUUUGAGUUCUACAGGGCGGGCAAGUUCAUCACCUGCUGGAACAAGUCAUUUACGACAGUGUACGCGUGGAGUUGCGGUCUCGAUUUAGGUGUAAGCGUGGGGACGGCUGUGCGGUUGCCGGCGGGUGAUUGAAUUUGUGCUGACUUCGUCGCUGCUAUUCUAUGCUUCCACAACCAUAUCUUUGUUAGAUGUGACUGCAGAAUUGACCAACUUUUAGUUGUGAAGCGGAGUUCGGGAGUUACGUGAAAAUGGAUAGAGGAAAUGCAGCAGCAGCAGCAGCCGAUGCAUUUUUGGCGGGGCUUGAGAAACAAGCAGCUGCCGAACAGUUGAAACAACAAGAAAUGAACACUUUCGCAUCCAAUGAAUACGUUUCUGGGGAUUACGGCUCUCACAACGGGCAUGACAUGGGCUAUGGCACCUACGGUCAGGGUGCAGCUCCAGCCCCAUGGUUACAGCAACAGUCAUAUGGUCAACCAGGAGCAUAUGAACAACAUCACUCAAAUCAGGCGCAAGAGUACUUCCAUCAUGGUUCUGCCGAAGUCAGUGGUGGUAAAGCCGGGGAAGGGAACAUUGCUGCUUAUGAUGGCUACAGUGACAUGAUUGGGCGUGUAGGUCCGAGCUACGGUCAGAGUAACGGGGCUGAUGAAGGCGGUACAGGAAUUAGCAGAAGUGAGGAGCAUAAACACUGUAAUCACGGAGCAGUUCCUGGGGAGCACGGUGGUGCUGACGAAGCACAAAAAGAAGGUGGGCGAGGGCUUCAAGGAGAGGGAGCUGUUAGCGAUGCGAAAGACGAUCAAAAUGCUGUCUCAGGUGGAGAUACGAGUUCUGGUAAGAAAAGGAGGAGUCGUUGGGGCCCUCAAGAAGGUGAUGGUGAAGCGAAUGAUAAUGAAGGGUCAGGGGGCAAGAAGCGGAAGUCCCGAUGGGCUGCAGAAGAACCGAAACUUCCAUUGCUUGGUCAAAUUCAGCUGCCUGAUUUUGUGAAAGAGCUUACUGGUGGAGUUGACCUGGAUCCAGAAUUGCAAGCACUCAAUAUUAAACUCCUUGAUAUCAACCGGAAGUUGCAAACUGGUAUGGUGCUUGAUCCCGUUGGUGAUGGAAAUCGCUCGCCUUCUCCUGAGCCUAUCUAUGACAACAUGGGCAUAAGGAUUAACACGCGUGAAUAUAGAGCCAGAGAAAAGCUGACUCGUGAGAGACAAGAAGUGAUUGCCAUGCUGAUUAAAAAGAACCCUGCCUUUAAGCCUCCGGCUGAUUACAAACCGUUGAAGCAUUACAAAAAGCUCUACAUACCAGUGAAAGAGUAUCCAGGGUACAAUUUCAUCGGCUUAGUCAUUGGUCCUCGUGGCAACACUCAGAAGCGGAUGGAAAAAGAGACAGGAGCAAAGAUUGUUAUAAGGGGAAAGGGGUCAGUUAAGGAGGGACGGUCAGCUCAAAAGAGGGACUUAAAGCCCGAUCCUUCUGAAAAUGAGGAUCUACAUGUUUUGGUGGAGGCCGACACAGAGGAUGCUUUGGAGAAGGCCGCAGGCAUGGUUGAAAAGUUAUUGGUGCCGGUCGAAGAAGGGAGAAAUGAACACAAACGAGCACAGCUACGGGAGCUAGCAGCUCUAAAUGGAACUAUACGGGACGAUGAGUAUUGCCGCCUCUGUGGUGAGCCUGGGCACAGGCAGUACGCUUGCCCUGCUCGGCACUCUACUUUCAAAAGUGAUGUUUCGUGCCGCAUUUGUGGAGACGGUGGCCAUCCAACUAUCGAUUGUCCUUUGAAAGGUUCUGCGCAGGGUAAUAAGAUGGAUGAUGAAUACAAGAACUUCCUUGCUGAACUUGGUGGUGGUGGUCCUGAUGGAAGCGCCUCACCUGCUGGAACUGGGGGUAGUGGUGGGGAGGUUGGCUCCACUCGUCAAUCAGGUCCCACGUUGGCAUUGACUGGCCCUCAAGGAAGUCCUAGCCUUUCAUGGACCGGAGGAACCACAGGUGUUACUAGUGUACCUGGUGCUAUGAUGACUCAAGGAGGGCGUAUUGGUCCAGGCGGACCAGGUCUUGGUGCACCAGGAGCUUCUCCUGCUGGAGGCUUCAAUGGAGGGAAUGGAAUGGGUCCUUCUAGUUUUGGGGGACCGCCAGGCCUUGGAAGUACUUAUCCAGGAGUUUCGAAAGGUGGGAGUGGAAAAUUUAACAAGGACGAUGAUGCUAAUCUUUAUGUGGGAUACUUGCCCAGCACAGUUGACGAUGAAGGAUUGGCGCGCCUGUUUGCACCUUUUGGUGCUGUGGAACACGCAAAGGUCAUUAGGGACCGUCUCACUGGUGUCACUAAGGGCUAUGGGUUUGUGAAAUUUUCUGAUCCGUCUUCUGCAACUGCUGCGGUGACUCACAGGAACGGCUACCGGUUGGAAGGUAGGGUUCUCGCUGUGAGAGUGGCAGGACCUGCGCCACCUCCCAGAGGUCUUGGUGGAGGAAGUGGAGGGCCUCCUCAAGGUGGUGAUCCCAUGGGAGGAGGUGGAUACCCACCACCUAUGCAAAGUGGUGGGCCUCCUCGAGGACCUCCAGGUAGUGGUCAUAUGGCCCCACCUCCAUGGGCUACUUCACCAGGUCCUAUGCCUCAAUACAAUUCAUAUGGUCCUCCUCCACCUGGUUCUAAUUCGUACGGUCCUCCGAUCAAUCAAGGUUACGGUCCUCCUCCCCAAGGGCAAGGUCAUCACGGACCUCCUUCCAGUCACUAUGGAGGGCCAUAUAACAGUUACGCUGGUGGACCACCUCCUCAAGGUGGACCUCAGGGGCAGCAAGGUGGUAUGGAUGUAGGAGUGCAUGGAAUGCCACCUCAUGGGCCUGGGAUGGGCAGUAUGCCACCAGGUGGGCAAGGGAGGAUUGGCCCAAGACCAGUGAGCACAGGACCCAUAGGUGGAGGAAUGCCAGGAGGUUACGGUGCUACUACUCAAUACCAUGGUUAUUACGCUCCUCCUCCACCAAAUACGGCUCCGCCUGUUCCUCCACCUCCUGUGUCAUCUAGUGGAGCUGCACCAGCCCCCAGUUGGGGUGGGAAUGUGGGUGUACCUCCGGUUUCAAGCGGACAGAGCAAUGCAGUUGAAUCAGAGUAUGAAAGGUUUAUGUCGGAGAUGGGCCGCUGAUCCUAUGAUUUGAUCUAACAAUGUGGUUACUCCUCGUUGAUGUGAACAACUUGGGGUAUUAACAUGUCUCUCAUGUAUCAUUGUGAGCCUACAAGAGAAUUGGACACUAGGUUGAAGGUUGGGUUGGGGUUAACGUGAACUUUGUCAAGCUAGUGGUCUUUGCUGCACUUAGCACCUGUCAAAUGCACAGGAUGGUUCGUGAAGUGCUCUGUGUGUCGGAGCGUCGUUCCUCCAUUCGACCUUAUGUGGAGAACUAUGGAACCAAUCUACUACGUUGGAGGCUGUGUAGAGUUGCAUCAAAAACGUGGUCUUUAUCAGAGUGACCAACAAGAGGAGAUGGGCUUUAUAGUGUUGCCUGGGACUGUAUCACAACUUCCCUAUCAGGUUGUGGGACUUGACUGGACGACCUCAGACUGGUAGAAACGCAAUUGCCUCAACUUCUGGAAGAUUGCUUUAAAACAGGUGCACGGAUUUGUGCUGCAAACGGAACCUUCCGGAACCUUUUUAUGACAGGAAGAUAUAGAAGACUUGCUGCAGAGAUGUUCUAACUCGGUACAUUGGCGUGGAUCCUAACGUGGUGGUUCUGUGGAAUAUUGAUGCUGAAUGUGGGCAGAUCUUUAUUGGAAUGUCUGUUCCUGCUAAUUUUUACAUUACACCUGCCUUGUUAUUUGAAGUGCAUAACGAUGUAGGUUGCGGCAAUUUGUUAUAUGUAGUGUUGAGAAUGUUUAUGGCAGCUGUGCUGACGGAAUUUCUAUCGCAGGGCUGACGUUUAGUGUUGAUAGGAGCUCAGAGUGACUCAAGCUAUAGCACUAGGUUGUCCUGUUGACAAUAAGUUCAUACCGAUGUUAUUUCAGAAGUUACAUGUUUUUCACAUGUUUAUCGUGUGAUACUAACUUUCAUGCUUAACGUGGUGCUGGCAUCCUCUUUGUGAAUAUCAAGCUGGGUUAAGUUAAGAUUGUUUCAUGCUGAAUGACGUAACAACUGCGGAACUUAUAUUAUUAGUUUGAUGGAACCUCGAGUGGCCCUCAUGUCUUUGAAGGUUUUGAUUCAUGUCUUCCAAUGCCUUAUAACAUUCCUAACUAGUUGUUUAUGUCCAGGAUAGUAAUUAUCUCCUUCAUGUCUUCAGGUAUGAACCGACAGAUCUACUCUUCCAAUCUACAGGAAGCUUGUGAUGUGUAGUUUUGGCAUGUCUGUUUUUUAAAAGGAGUUGUAGUCUGUGUUUCGGGGUGGUGUCUGAUGCCUUGGUGUGUCCACAACUAAUGUAUCUGGUAAUCGUGUCGUGAUUUUAACUUAUCCUUGUCCACAAGUGGGAUUAGAAUGGUACACUUAUGAGGUAAAUGAUUUGCAUAUAACUGUUACCCUGAUUACAUGACUUGUCUAAAGAUAUUACUUGGUGAAGCACAUGUGAAGUCAUUUGCGAUAUGAAGUAGGUAGCACUAGUGACCAGAGACUUCAAAAAAUCAGAAACAGAAAGCCGAAUGAGUUUCCCAGGAUCAAGGGCAUCGCAUAGCAUGGUACAAGAAACUUAGACUGGAUGUUCGAAGUUGUGUUUGUGGGAGGCUACAAGCAUCAUAAAUAAUAGAGCAAUGGUAAAGAGCUUAGCCAAGUCUAGAACUACGUGGUUGUCAUAGGAUCCUACAGAAUAGGACGACAGAAAGCAGUAGUAAGCAGUUAUAAUCUGAUAUUCGUCAAACUAUUGUCUGUUUCACUUGUAGCUGCCAUGAAUGAGGAGAAAUCAAGUCAAAUUACUAAAUAAUCAGAUAACUCAGAAGUAAUAUUGCAAGUACGUGUGGCCAAAUGUGGCAGGUGAAGCUACUGCGGAACAGUGUGACUGAUCCCGUGGACGAGUCCUUCAUUUUGUCAAUAUGAAAAGGUUUUUUCACUAAGUGAAGAGAGGUUGACAAAUAGAAGAACUCAUAACUCUCCCGUAGGCGUUAUGUUUAACUA